GUCUCUUGCAUUUCUGAACGAAAACCUACGAGUCAACCAAAUCACUCACAGUUCCAACAUCAGAAAUGGGUUCUCGCUACGAGGUGGAAGUGAAACUCUCAUCGGCGCGCGGAUUGAAGAACGUGAACUGGCGCAACGGCGCAAACCGCCCGUACGUCGUCGUUUGGGUGGACCCCAGCAACAAGCUCUCCACCCACGUGGACGAGAACGGCGACACCGAUGCCAAUUGGGAUCAGACGCUCGUAGUUCCGUUACCGCCGAAGCCCCUCGAAGAUCAAACGCUCUACAUCGACGUCGUUCACGCCGUCAAGGAGGAAGAAGACACCAAGCCGCUCAUCGGCUCGGCUCGGCUCAAGCUCUCUGAGAUUCUCGCCGACGCCGGAAUGGGCGAGCGCGUGAGCCGCACUCUCACCCUCAAGCGUCCAUCUGGCAGACCACAAGGGAAGGUCGAGGUUAGCGUGACCAUCAGAGAGCCCCACUAUCCCCCACCCGGUGGUUACCCCGCACCGGGUUACGGUGUGAGGGAUUAUUCUCCUGCUCCGCAGGGAUACGGGUACUCUCCCUACGGUGCUCCGCCCCAGGACGCCUAUUACUCCGCGGCGCCGCCCAGUGGGUAUCCUUACAAUGCGCCUACGCAGGGUUAUGGUGCGCCACCGCAGGGCUACGGUGCGCCACAGCAGGGUUAUGGUGCGCCACCUCAGAGUGGGUACGGUUAUAAUGCGCCUCCGCAAACGGCGUCGUAUGGGCAGGGGAGCGCGUACGGGUACGCGCCGAAAGAGGAGAAGAAGAAGAGUAAGUUUGGGGGGAUGGGAGCGGGAUUGGCUGUGGGCGCGGUCGCUGGGGUUCUAGGUGGAGUCGCGCUUGUGGAGGGUGCUGAGUAUCUGGAAGAUAAGAUUGCCGAAGAUGCUGCGCAGAAGGUUGAGGAAGAUCUUGGUUACGAUGGAGAUGACUUCUAGAGAAUCAUCGUCUCUUGUUUAAUUUUACUCCAAAAGAGAACUGCGAAAACAAAAUAAUUUUAUGGUUUAUGUGUUUUUAUUUGCUUAGUUUUGGUGUGAGUUAAAAAGUCUUUCAUUUAUGACAUCAUUAAGGCUCUUAUCGAUA